UGAGAAGUUAGAGGCGGGGUCACGUGGGUCAGCAGGGAGCGGUGUUUUUCCGGGUCCGGAUUUGACGGCGGGACCAUGAUCCAUGAAGGACCCAGAACCCAUCACUGACAGCCGAACCGAACCGAACCGGUCAGUCCGUCAUGUCCAAACAGAGAGGCGGGAAGACCCUGAUCAUCACAGACGAUGAUGACGAUGAGAAGCAGGUAGAGGAGCAGAACCCGUUCUCCUUUAAAGAGUUCCUGCGCUGGAAGAACCAGGACCAGAACCAGAACCAGGACCAGGACCAGGACCUGGACCAAACCCAGCAGACAGGUUCUGAAGACAGCUUCCUGUCAGAGGCUCACCUGGCAGCACAGGAGGAGGAGUGGGGGCGGAGCUUCCUGUCUGGCAUCGAUAGCACCUCCUCCCUUUGCACCGAGGAGGAGGAGGAAGAUGUGGAGGAGGAGACCAGGUUCUGCUCCAAACCUGAAGGAGCUGCAGCUGGAGGAGGAGGAGAGAACUAUGAAGGAGACGAUGAGACCUCCAUGACUGAAUCAGCCACCUGCAGGAGGAGAAGUGGGAGGAGCUUACAGUUCCAGCAGCUGAAGGAGGAGAACGUAUUUCUGAGGAGAACCAUCAGGGAGGUGCAGAGGAGCGCCCAGGUCAACCAGCGCAGGGUGUCAGAGCUGUCAGAGGAGCUGCAGCAGAGGAGGCGGCAGGAGGAGAAGGAGGCGCAGGACCUGGAGAGCAUGGUUCACUCUGUGGAGCAGAACCUGCAGCUGAUGACGGCAGCUCCUCGGGGAGGCGGAGACUCUCCGUCUGGUCUCUCAGCUCCUGCAGUCCAUUGAUAAGAUCUCCACGGUCCACACAGAGUCCUGAACUCCUCUGGAACACCUGAGGGUGGAGAGGAGGAGGAGGAGGCUGUCAUGGAAACAGAGGAAUCAGCAGGUCCAGUGAAGGAGCAGAGAGAAGAUGUUUAAUUUCAACUUGACUCUAAAGAAGUUUUUAGUUUUUGGACAUUUUUAUUUUCAUCUUUAGAAACUUUUGGAUUAAAAUAAAUUUGUUACAUUAGUGAU